AAGGCGAGUGCGGAGUGGAAGGCGGGCAAGAGGGAGGGGCGCGGCACCAUGCGGUACCGCAACGGGAACGUCUACGAAGGCGAAUGGAAGGCGGGCAUGAAGGAGGGGCGCGGCGUCUUCCGCUUCGCCGCCGCCGGCGACGUCUACGACGGCGAGUGGGCGGCGGGUGCGAUCGAGGGGUACGGAGUUAAGCGGUACGCCAGCGGCAACGUCUAUAGCGGCGAGUGGAAGGGGGGCGAGAAGGAGGGGCGCGGCGUCUGGCGUUGGGCCGACGGCAGCGUCUACUACGACGGCGAGUGGAAG